UUGACCAAGGUUUCAUGAUUAAACCUGAUUUGGUGAAAGAGCUAAACUUCCCUGGUCGAGCAUUUGUCUCUCACGUUCCUUUUGAUCUUUGUGCUUAAAAAGAGAAAUUGUGCCGCUGUGUUACGCUGUAGAAUCCACCUAUUCAAACGGCGUCUUCUGGGUCUCUGCUCAAAACGGACGUGGCCAACCCCAUCACCACGGCAACACGACCCGCAAUUUCGUCAGCACGCAUGAACAACCCAACAAGCAUCAGUCCCCUGCACUCCCCGCUCGCACCCCCUUCAGCUCUCCCCUUCCCUUUCCACGCUCUCCCUCAGCGCCCGGCCCGAGAACCCGGGAUCUACGUUCGCCGUCCCAAGUCCUCUCUCCGCGACUCGACCGGCGAGUCGACUGAGGACGUGGACGACGGCUUCUUCGAAGGUGACGGCUCGAUGAUGGAGGACGAGAGCGACGACGAAGAGGACGCAGAGAGCAGCGUCGAUUUGCUCAUCAGGUUCUUGCAGAGCAUGUUCAAGAAGGCGGCCCGGCGAGCCAAGAAGGCUUCUCGCUCCGUUUUGCCUGACUCGAUACCGCCGCAGCUGGUUUCCUUUGCGGUUGAUGGGAUUCUUCUACUAGCUUCACUUUCCAUUUUGAAGGCACUUCUCGAGGUGCCCUGCACUCUUGGUGGCUCUGUAUCUGUGGUGAUCCUCCUCCUGCGGGUGAUCUGGGCAGCUGUCUCGUUUUUCCAAUCUAACGGGGAUGGCUUGAACCAAGGUGGGAAUACCUACAGGGCGGCACGACCUAUAUGA